UCCACAUUUCCCGUCUGGUAGGCUCGGUGCGCGCGCCUCCGCUCUCCAUUUAAACCCUCCCUCCCCCCGAGAGAGAGAAAAGCGGCAGUUUCUCCAACAUCGCUGGUUGAACCGGGGGUGGGCUUCCCUGUCGGCAUAACAAUCUAGUCCAAACACUCUUACAUCCCGAUCGCCACAGCCUGGGCUCAGAGAGACAUCCGACACCCACUUGUGUAAACUCGGGGAUUAACGCCGGUAACACGAUACGGCUGCGGCCUCUCUCUGCAGUUUCCUUACAGCUGUCUGUUUUCAUACAUUAAAAAAAACCUACAUUGUUUUAAAAAAAGAGGGGUUUGUUAACAAUUAAGAAUGGAUAUCGUAUCGACGUUGGGGCUGACCAAUUUCGUCAUCCAAUUUUCCCGGAUUUCCAUGUACCCUUUCUUCGACAUGGCUCACUACACCCUGUCCAUCAUGAAGCUCAAGGAGCAGCCAGGAGCAGUAGAUGUAGCACAUCGCAGUCCAAUUGCAUGUUGGUUCAGUGGUAUGCUUUGCUGCUUUGGUGGAGCAAUUCUGGCAUCUGCACUUCUAGGUGAACCUCCCAUUGAACCUUUCACAAACAACAGAAAUAUAAUACUGGCUUCCAUAAUUUGGUAUUUGAUAUUCUACUGUCCAUAUGACAAGUUCUACAAAUGCUGCAAUUUUUUACCAUCUAAGUUAUUUAUUGCCGGUAUGAAAGAAGUGACAAGAGCCCGCAAAAUUGUUGCAGGUGUAAUGGAUGCACAUAGUCGCUACAGAAAUGGUUGGCUUGCAGUGAUUGCUGUUGGAUGGGCAAAAGGUGCUGGUUCUGGGCUAAUAGCUAACUUUGAACAACUAGUGCGGGGUGUCUGGAUACCUGAGAGAAAUGAGUUGCUGAGAAUGUCCUACGGAACAAAGGUAACUCUGAUAGGAGCUGUACUCUUUACUUUUCAACAGAUGAAUUAUCUGCCUAUUACCAGACACAACCUCAUCUUUUUGUACACUAUGUUUGUAGUUUCAACAGAGAUUGCAAUGGUGCUCUUUAACAUUCGUCAUUCCCCUUUUGCACCUAUGGAAGUUGCUUUGUACCAUAUGGCAUUUAGUUGGCAGUCCACUUCAACUGAAUCACAUUUUCAAACGGAAACUUCUAAUACAGGGGAAACACGGGGUACGCAGUGCUCUGCACCCUUGAGUGAAACUCCUGAAGAAAGUGAAGGUAUCAAAAGGAGGAGGACAAAGAAGGUGGAAUAAGAUGCUCAUCAAGAAUCGCAAGAUUCUCAAGGUUAUCUUUCUGUUGCACUUCUGUUCCAGGAAAAUCCCCUGGAUGAGGCUUGAAAUUCAAAAAGACAUAUAGUCAUCUGCAAAAUGAAAAGUACUGAGGUACGAAUCAAGAGUUUUGCAGAAUUCAAAUAGACCCAAAAGAGUCUAAUGACUCUUGUUAGUGGAUUUUUUUGUUUUACAAUGUUUCUGUGGGUUUAAGUGGGAAGUACAUUCGAUCUUUGCAUGUAACAUUUGAGGAUCUUUUGCUGUAUAGAGAAGGUUGCUGUAAUAUGUAUAGAAAACAAGAUUAAAAUAUUGUUUCAAAUUUUGUAAUCAAUUUUGGAAACCUUAUAGAACUAUUCAUCUUUAUAAGACUUACAAGUGCCAGAAAAUAUUAAAAUUAUACAUUCCACAAAUUGCUAUUUUUAUUCUUGAAUGAAUUUCUAAAUUAUUGGGAAAAACAACCAUUUUAAGCCAUGGUCAGGGACACCUUGACCCAACUCUGAAGCCUGAAAUUGAAACCUAGGUAUUCUCAAUUUCAUUUGGCAGUCAAUUAGAUUACUAGUGAAAAAAUGCAGUAAUGCAGUUUGGAUUGGCAUUACUGCAUCACUCUGGUCAACCCACCAAUAUUCUAGAUAACAAAAUAUCUGGGAGAGGAAUUGUUAACUAACGUCUGGUAAAUUUGAAGGGAAGAUGAUGCAAGGUAACUUGGACAGGCUUCUUUUCUAAUAAUUUCCUAUUCAGGUUAUACUACUAUUGAAACAACAUAUUUUAUAGACUUCUUCCUGCUGUUAGUGGUUUGUUCAUUGAUAUCAAAGUCAACUGUUAGCCAUUGCAGUCGUGUUCGUUCAAGACCGUAACCUUCUUAUGUAGUUUACUUGGAAAAAAGUAAAACAUUUUGGUGAUAAAAUUUGUAGCAUAGUCAAACUCGGUUUUUGGUUCUGACUUUCUGAUAGAGGACCUAUUUUGUUUUUGUAUUUUAGUAUGCUGAAAACUUAGGAAUUUACUGCAACCUUUAAAAUAAAAACUGUGCAUUGAAUGUGAAGUGGUUUACUUUUGUUCCUAUACAAAGUGAAUUUGACCUUUUUCACUUAAUAUUGAUUAAACAGUGUACUUUUUGUGGCACAAAUCUUUCUUUGUUCACUGUUUUAAAAGUGUACCAUUUCACAAAUGAUUUUGUAAGCCUGUGUUUGAACAUUUACAAAAAAAGCAAUUGCAGCAAAAUGAGGUAGACAAAAAUUACUAUAUAGUGUAUUUUCAGAUGGAACUUUUCCAGAAACCUAUGAUGCAGGAGAAUAUCUGAAUUUAUUUUCUAUGUUUGAUUUAUAUAUUCCGAUGUGAAAUAUCAUCUAAUGGUUGUUUGUUUGACAUCAGAAUCCAUAAUGAACUUGAAUCCAUGUCCCACCAGGAGUCAAGAUUUGUCUAGAGAAGCAAAUGUUCUAUGACAGUAAUUCAGGCAAUCUUUGUGUGGGAGAACUAUUGGAAAUUACCAUCACCAUUCUGUACACAACUGAUUAGCUACUCAAUCACUUUUAUAAUUUCUAGGUUAAUGGUGACUUGAAUGUAAAAAAUUUUUUGAUCCAUGGGCACUAAUUUUUUUAAAAUGUGCAUUUUUGACUGAAGGAUAUGCAAAUAAAGUUC